CAGUCACUCUUUAGUUCUUCCCCACUCAUACACACUCCCUUGCUCUCUCUCUGUCUUCCUUUGUAGCUCCCAUAUUUCCUGCUCUGUUUCUUCAUCACUUAUUCAGAGCCAUCUCACUCCCACUCCCAAGUAAGAUCUACCGACCGGCUCCUCAAGGAAAUGGCUUCCAAACAGCAAAUGGGCUACAAGUGUCGUGUAGCAGGAGUGCUUCUUCUUCUCCUUGCCAGUAUUGCUGCUCUUGUUGCGGUUGCCAUCAUCCAGGACACCUGGAGGUCUAAAGAGUACACCUCAGAGUAUGGCAUAGUGAUAGAUUCAGGUUCAUCUCGUUCCAAUGUGUACCUGUAUGAGUGGCCAGGGGAGAAGGAGAAUGAAACAGGAGUGGUGACUGAGAUAAUGAACUGUAAAGUUCCUGGUGAUGGUAUCUCAGAGAUGAGAGUUGACCCACAGAAAGAUGCUGCAUCGUGGAAAGGAUUCAAAGACUGCAUGGACAACAUCACGAAGGCCAUUCCUGCUGAAAAACACAAAACCACACCUCUGUUUCUGGGAGCUACUGCUGGAAUGAGACUGCUACAUAAGAAGGAUGAACGGAGGUCCAAUGAAAUCCUGGCGAAUCUCACUGACUACUUGAGUUCUUUGCCUUUCACCUUCCAAAAUGCUUCCAUCAUUUCUGGUCAAGAAGAAGGGCUGUAUGGGUGGAUCACAGCCAACUACCUCAUGGGAAACUUCCUUGAGAAAAACCUAUGGAACACUUAUGUACGUCCAGAAGGGGCAAAGACUGUCGGGUCCAUGGACCUUGGUGGAGCAUCAACACAGAUUGCCUUUGCAGUCCAGGAUGAUCUCAGGGGGGCUGACUACAUGCAUGUCAAACUGUAUGGUUACCCUUACAAUGUCUACACACACAGUUUCCUCUGCUAUGGCAAAAAUGAGGCUGAGAAGAGGAUUCUCGACAAAGUAGUCCAGGAAUCUUCUGACCCAGCCAAUGUUUUUAACCCCUGCUACCCUGACGGUUACAACACUACCAUGAAUGCCUCGUCCAUUUAUGAUACAGAGUGCACACAGAAGCCAAAAAGAUACAACCCAAAUCAAGAAUUCACAAUAGUGGGAGCCGCUGACUCAGACAAGUGCAGGAGCAUUGUGAGGUCCAUAUUUGAUUUCAAGACUUGCUCCUCAUCCCAGUGCUCCUUCAAUGGGGUCGAGCAGCCACCCGUCACUGGAGAUUUUAUGGCAUAUGCAGGAUUUUUCUUCAUCGCUAAGGCAUUGGAGCUGAAUGGCAAGUCAGAUCUUGAUAAAUUCAACACCACAGUUAAGAAAUUCUGCCACACAAAUUGGACAGUGCUGAGGAAAGAAAAGAAAAUGAUCUCCGAGAAACACCUUAGGACUUACUGCUAUGGAGCUCACUACGUCUUUACUUUGCUGGCAGAUGGAUACAAGUUUGACAGAGAGACCUGGAAAAACAUUAACUUCGAAAGAGAGGUAAAGAAAACCAGCAUAGGUUGGAGUUUGGGCUACAUGCUGAGUAUGUCCAACAUGAUCCCGUCUGAAGUGAAAGAAACACCGCCCAUGACAAACCCUGUUUUUGCUGGACUUAUCUUUCUAUUUUCAGCACUAACCAUUGUAACUGUUGUCUUAGUUUUCAUCAUCCUUAUUCGCACUUGCUAUUGAGAGUGCAACUUACAAAGGGAAUGAUCUGCCAUUGUAAACCUUGAGGGCUGCUGUAACCAUGUUAAGUAGCUGGAGAGCACUUCGGUAGCAUGUAUCAAGACACUUGUACUGAAAGUUACUAAUGAAAAUGUUUUCUUUUUUCAGCCUGAGCUAUUUACUGCCCUCUGUUUCACUUAUUAGAGUUUUUGAAAACUUCAAAAUGCUUCAAAAUGAAAACCUCUCACUGUGUAUCCUGCUAGUGUGUUUGAGUCUUUGAGCUAGCAUGAGAUGCGAGACUGGUUUUAUUGCGACUGUAAAAACUCUUCAAAACGUAUUAAAACAUUUUUUUUUAUUUAUUUUGUACCUCAGGGAAACUUGCAUAGAUUUAAGUAAUAGGAUCUUUGAACAUACAAGCUCCUAUUGUUUUGCUGGCAAAAGGGGUUACAAGAGUUAUAGCUUGAUAGUGUACAAAUGAUGAAGGAGCACCCACUGUGUAAUCUUAAAAUGACCACUUGCGUGCUCACAUACACACAUGGACUCUCAGGCAAAAGCAUGAGCUAUUCAUUUACAGAUUGAUUGUUUUUUCUCCCACUGUAUUAUACAUGUAAUUGUACUGAAUGGAUCUGCUUGACACACAAAAUGACAACACUUUGCCACAGAUUUAUUGUAGCGUUUGAUAUUGUGUAUGAACUCACUGAAAACCAGACGUACAUAACAAAACUCCACAUCAUAGACAUAAGGAAGCCCCUGCCUUACUUCAGGCACAUUCACAAUGAGCCAAGGGUGUAGUUAAAAUGUCUUUAUUAAUUAAAGAUUAAAAAUAAUAAUUAAAAAAUCACAAAAGGGGAACGGCAACUUGUUUCGAACCAUACUGGUUCUUCCUCACAGCGUGGCUGGAAAGAGGAGUCAACUGCAGUGGAAAGUCGGGAUUGCUAUUCACGAUCAGUGGUCAGUUGCCAUUAUUACUUUCAAAUACCUCUUAGUGCACCCAAUGCAAAAACCUCCAUGUACUAAGUGGCAUUUCAAAGAGAGAGAAAUUGUUUAGUUAAAUAAACGUUGUCUUUUCCUAUUAAAUAUGUCAUGUUUAUAUACUAACCUUGUGUUGUUUCAGCCCUUGGAAGGCUUUCACUCUGUAGAGUGAAAUCUUAGAUUAUUGUUGAGAAAUAUUAGAUAUGUAUAAUUGGUUAAAUAGGAGAUAAGUCAGUGGGGUAGUUUCAGAGAACCAGAGAACUGAAUAUAGUGAUGAAGUCUUGUCAAGACUGACCGUUUUCAGUGUAAUCUAUACGCAGUGUUGGUUACAGUAUAUAAUGAAAUAUGUCUGGUUGUCACAAUCAAAGGCUAGCUUACCAUUCAAUCAGCAGAGAAUAAUUUAUAGAUAUAAAUAGUUAAUGACAACUUGUUCAUUAGAUAUAUAUUGGUUCUCAGCUAACAUCUGAACUGUUUUUAACCAUUACCAACACCAAGUCUAAAUGGAAAAGGCAUGGUUAAAAGGGGCAAUGAAUCAGACUGUCUGUACAUCCAAGUACAUUUAAAAGAUAGGGGACUGACAAAUAUUAAAAAACUGCUCUUGUCAUGGCAUUAUUGACUGAGUGAGUUCUGAGAUGAAUUAUAAAACACUCUAUAGCAAGAGAAAGGGAUUUCUUCACAGGGAUAUCCAACAUAGUUUCUGACUGAAAACAGCAUGAAAAAAACGUAUGUGUGUGUGUGUGUGUGUGUGUAUGUAUUUGGGUCUAUACAUUCUGUAUACAUGGUACUCUACUUGGGUAGCUUUUUCAGUAAUAUUGUCUUUGCACUGGAGAGAAUUAUGCAUGGUUCUCAUGUAAUGCACUGACUGUAUUAGCAUUGUUUUGAUAAUGAUACCGUCUCUCAUCAGUAUAUAAUAAACAUAUCUACUAAC